AUGGUUGAAGAGAGGCAGUGGGUAGGUAUGACACAGUCUCCAUUAAACCGUAACCUGCUGACAUAAUAUUCACUUCUUUUCAGCUGCUCCACGCCAAAGAAUUGAGAUGACUUUUGAUGAACCAUAUCACAUAGAACCUUCCUUCGAAUGCCGGUUUGAUAAUCUUGAGGUCCGAGAUGGCCCAUUUGGCUUCUCCCCACUGAUUGACCGAUACUGUGGUCUCCGGAGUCCAGUGGUGAUCAGAUCGACAGGACGAUUCAUGUGGAUUAAGUUUUCUUCUGAUGAGGAACUCGAAGGAUUGGGCUUCCGGGCAAAAUACUCAUUUAUACCAGGUAUUCCUUAGAAAGAAACAAAAAUCGCAGGGAGAUUGAAAUUCAGAAUGCAGCUUAAAAGAGAUUUAAAGCCAGUGUAAUGUGCAGAUCCCAUGAUCCCAUUGUGUAUUGUGCAUAAUAUCUGAUCAUCCUAUAGACUGUAAGCUCGUCUGAGCAGGGUCCUCUUCAACCUAUCGUUCCUGUAAGUUCUCUUGUAAUUGUCCUAUUUAUAGUUAAAUCCCCCCUCUCAUAAUAUUGUAAUGCGCUACGGAAUCUGUUGGCGCUAUAUAAAUGGCAGUAAUAAUAAUAAUUAUUAUAUCAGGAAGCCAAUUAAAACAUGCACGUUCAGGGGAAUGCUGCAAUUUGUAGUAUUUGUACUAGAAAUGAUUUUAUGAAAAAAGAUUUUUCCUGUUUGUUACAGAUCCGGAUUUCAGUUACCUAGGGGGUAUCCUCAAUCCUAUACCAGGUACAGGACUGGAUUGCAAUCUAUUUUCUCAUGGUGAGAUAGUAAAUGGUCUCCUCAUUCCAUUGACAAGAUCAUUCCCUUCUUGUGACAGAUUGCCAAUUCGAGCUGUCAGGUGCAGAUGGAAUAAUACGUUCCAGUCAAGUGGAACAAGAUGGGAAAUUGAAACCCGGACAAGCUGUAGACUGUAUUUGGACAAUCAAAGCCACCACAAAAGCCAAGGUAGGUACACAAGACUAAUGCAUGUGCUAUUCAUAAAGUCACAUUGGAGUCUGAUUAGACUCCACUUGAACUAAUAGAAGACCUGGUUUCAGAGUGCCGAGUUGUUAGACAUUAAUUUGGCAUUGGAUACACUCCGCAGUCUAGAAAUUCAACAGCAUACUCCACCAUGACACAAAAUCAUGGUAAUCCUCCUCUAGAAUAAAAAGGAGAUAUCCAGAGUACAAUAAAUAGAGUAUGACUAUUCACAGGUAAAGUGCAUCAUUUGGUAAUAAAACAUCCUGGGCAGAAUGCACUCCUUUUAAUUUUACCCAUGAUUCCUAAUUUACAAUGUUUGUAUUCCCAGUAAGGAGUGAGGCGGUUUGGAGUAGUCCUUCUCGUGUGGACUCCCAGUUUGCAAUGCAGACAGACAGGACAUGGCUUUACUGAUAUGAUCAGCUGGUUCUAGGAGGUAGUUCACUCCAAUUCAUACAGGUUCAUGUUACAGUUCCUCUUGUUUCUACAGAUUUACCUGAGAUUUCUUGACUAUCAGAUGGAACAUUCAAACGAAUGCAAGCGUAACUUUGUAGCCGUGUAUGAUGGUAGCAGCUCCAUAGAGAACCUGAAGGCUAAAUUCUGCAGCACAGUGGCGAAUGACGUGAUGCUACAGACAGGAACCGGCGUUGUGCGGAUGUGGGCAGAUGAAGGGAGCCGGCUGAGCAGAUUUCGGAUGCUGUUCACAUCUUUUGUGGAACGUAAGUAAAUUGGCUACUGAGACAAAGCAAGAGCUGUAUUCAUAUAGUGAGAUGCUCAAUCCCUGCACAUACAAAGUGAUGAUUACUGAGGGCGACUUGCCAUGCGGCAGCAGAGUGGGCAAUGAAAAUAGGCAAAUAUGUAGUUUUUGCUUCUUGGUAUUUGAUUAGCAACAUGCGUGCACGUUUUUGGAAAUGCAGACUCUCAAAAUGCCAGCACAAUAUAAAUAAUUUGAUUGUGGGCAUAAUGAUAAAACAAAACAUUAUUAAGUUAUUAUACUGGGCAACAUAGACAGCUUUUGCAUCCUGCAUUUAUUUUAUUCAUUGUUACAUAGUUACAUGAUCGCUUCCAGCCACUCUAACGGUAUUGCUGCGAUGCCUUGAUGUCAAGGCAUCAUGCAAUACCCCCUCUCACGUGGCGCCCAGCAGUGAGGCAGAGCAUCGGAAGCCAUGAUUUAGGCUUCCGAUGCUCUGCCUGUGCUGAGUGCCUCGAGGGGUCAAGGCACUAAGUGAAGGAAAAAAAUUAAUGUAUAUAAAAAAAAAAAAUAGAUGUCCAUAGUGCUGCCAGCAGGGGGGCUGCCUGAACUGACAGGCAAUCUCCCUGCUGGUAAAAAAAAGUUUUAAAAAAGUUAAUAAAUUACAAAAUAUAUAUAUAUAUAUAUAUAUAGAGAGAGAGAGAGAGAGAGAGAGAGAGAGCGAGAGAUACAUUUAUAAUAUCUAUAUAGAAUAUACAGUUGCAAGAAAAAGUAUGUGAACCCUUUGGAACGAUAUGGAUUUCUGCACAAAUUGGUCAUAAAAUGUGAUCUGAUCAUCAUCUAAGUCACAACAAUAGACAAUCACAGUCUGCUUAAACUAAUAACACACAAAGAAUGAAAUGUUGCCAUGUUUUUAUUGAACACACCAUGUAAACAUUCACAGUGCAGGUGGAAAAAGUAUGUGAACCCCUAGACUAAUGACAUCUCCAAGAGCUAAUUGGAGUGAGAUGUCAGCCAACUGGAGUCCAAUCAGUGAGAUGAGAUUGGAGGUGUUGGUUACAGAUGCCCUAUAAAAAAACACACACCAGUUCUGGGUUUGCUUUUCACAAGAAGCAUUGCUUGAUGUGAAUGAUGCCUCGCACAAAAGAGCUCUCAGAAGACCUACGAUUAAGAAUUGUUGACUUGCAUAAAGCUGGAAAGGGUUAUAAAAGUAUCUCCAAAAGCCUUGCUGUUCAUCAGUCCACGGUAAGACAAAUUGUCUAUAAAUGGAGAAAGUUCAGCACUGCUGCUACUCUCCCUAGGAGUGGCCGUCCUGUAAAGAUGACUGCAAGAGCACAGCGCAGACUGCUCAAUGAGGUGAAGAAGAAUCCUAGAGUGUCAGCUAAAGACUUACAAAAGUCACUGGCAAAUGCUAACAUCCCUGUUAGCGAAUCUACAAUACGUAAAACACUAAACAAGAAUGGAUUUCAUGGGAGGAUACCACAGAGGAAGCCACUGCUGUCCAAACAAAACAUUUCUGCACGUUUACAGUUUGCACAAGAGCACCUGGAUGUUCCACAGCAGUACUGGCAAAAUAUUCUGUGGACAGAUGAAACCAAAGUUGAGUUGUUUGGAAGAAACACACAACACUAUGUGUGGCGAAAAAAAGGCACAGCACACCAACAUCAAAACCUCAUCCCAACUGUGAAGUAUGGUGGUGGGAGCAUCAUGGUUUGGGGCUGCUUUGCUGCGUCAGGGCCUGGACGGAUUGCUAUCAUCGAAGGAAAAAUGAAUUCCCAAGUUUAUCAAGACAUUUUGCAAGAGAACUUAAGGCCAUCUGUCUACCAGCUGAAGCUCAACAGAAGAUGGGUGUUGCAACAGGACCAUGACCCAAAGCAUAGAAGUAAAUCAACAACAGAAUGGCUUAAACAGAAGAAAAUACGCCUUCUGAAGUGGCCCAGUCAAAGUCCUGACCUCAACCCGAUUGAGAUGCUGUGGCAUGACCUCAAGAAAGCGAUUCACACCAGACAUCCCAAGAAUAUUGCUGAACUGAAACAGUUCUGUAAAGAGGAAUGGUCAAGAAUUACUCCUGACCGUUGUGCACGUCUGAUCUGCAACUACAGGAAACGUUUGGUUGAAGUUAUUGCUGCCAAAGGAGGUUCAACCAGUUAUUAAAUCCAAGGGUUCACAUACUUUUUCCACCUGCACUGUGAAUGUUUACAUGGUGUGUUCAAUAAAAACAUGGCAACAUUUCAUUCUUUGUGUGCUAUUAGUUUAAGCAGACUGUGAUUGUCUAUUGUUGUGACUUAGAUGAUGAUCAGAUCACAUUUUAUGACCAAUUUGUGCAGAAAUCCAUAUCAUUCCAAAGGGUUCAAAUGCUUUUUCUUGCAACUGUAUAUAUAUAUAUAUAUAUAUAUAUAUAUAUAUAUAUAUCUUAUAUAUAACGUCAUACUAAGUUUAUUUUUUAUUAAUAUAUACAUAUAAUAAUAUAAAAAUACACUUAGAGUAAAAUUACACACGUAUAUAUAUAUAUAUAUAUAUAUAUAUAAUAUAAUAACUACAUAUAUUGUAUAUAUAUUUUAAAAAAAGAAUAAUUAAAAAUAAAUAAAAAAUGUAAAAAUAAUAAAAGAAUUUAUGUAUAUAUAUAUAUAUAUAUAUAUAUAUAAAGCAAAAAGGAAAGAGAUGCACUCUCAGGUCUUUGUAGAAAAAAACUCGAUAUUAUUUAAUAACAGGUAACAUACAUCUGAUCAGAUGUAUGUUACCUGUUAUUAAAUAAUAUCGAGUUUUUUUACAAAGACCUGAGAGUGCAUCUCUUUCCUUUUUGCUUUACAUAUCCAGCAUGGGAUUGCACCAAGGCAGUCUUUUACUGAUUCAUUGAAAGGGUGAGUGCCACUAUACUUGUAUGUAUGUAUAUAUAUAUAUAUAUAUAUAUAUAUAUAUAUAUAUAUAUAUACACUUAGAAUUAAUUUAUACAUAUAUCUAUGUAUAUAUAAAUAAAUAAAAAUAAUACGAAAUAUACAAAUGUCCAUAUACAUAAUUACAUAAAUAAUUUCAUAAAUAUACACGUAGACUUCAAAUAAAUAAAUAUGUAUAUAUAUUUAAAUUCUACGUGCAUAUUUGUGUAAUAUUUUUACAUAAUUAAGUCAUUUUAUUGAUUGCAAUUUGGGGGAAUUUGAAAGUGAAGUUUUUUGCAUUUUUAACACACAAACGGCACUUUCACUGAUGAUAUCAUUGCUGUAAUACGUUUUACUGUUUUGAAACACUAAUAUUUGUGUUCAGCUAAGUCUCCCGGGUAUAACAUUACCCCACCCCCUCCCCCCAGUAAGAAACAGUAAGAAAAUUGAAAUGCGGUCUGGUCACUAAGGGGUUAAACAUCUGUACAGACUCUGAUAAAACCACUUCUUCAGGCAGAGAAUUCCACAUCCUUAUUGUAUUGUUUUUGCUUUUACAGUAAAAACCCUUUACUUUGGCUUAGACUAAAUCUUCUUUCUUCCAGUUUAAGACUAGUGUUUUCCAGGGCACUAUAGUGCCAGGAAAACAAACUCGUUUUCCUGGCACUAUAGUGCCCUGAGGGUGCCCCCACCCUCAGGGUCCCACUCCCGCCGGGCUGAAGGGGGAGGAAGGGGUUAAUCCAUUACCUUUUUUUCAGCCCCGGGCUCCCUCGGCGCGGGGGACUCUCCUCCUUUGGUCGUCACCGGCUGAAUGCGCAUGCACGGCAAGAGUCGCACGCGCAUUCAGCCAGUCUCAUAGGAAAGCAUUCUCAAUGCUUUCCUAUGGAGGCUGGCGUCUUCUCACUGUGAAAAUCACAGUGAGAAGCGCGGAAGCGCCUUUAGCGGCUGUCAGUGAGACAGCCACUAGAGGCUGGAUUAACCCAUAUGUAAACAUAGCAGUUUCUCUGAAAAUGCUAUGUUUACAGCAAAAAGGGUUAAUCCUAGGUGGACCUGGCAGCCAGACCACUUCAUUAAGUUGAAGUGGUCUGGGUGCCUAUAGGGGUCCUUUAACAAUGGCUGUAUAAAAACAUGAUAGAUGACAGACACCAUAAGUUGAAACAAAAUGAAGGAACGGUUUAAAAUAAGAUCCAAUUCUAGAGAAAGUUGGAUAUAAAAAACAGAAAAGGUAAGGAGAGAACGAAAGAUUGACAGAUAUGACACAAUGCAUUCAUUAAACAUGAGUAAUAUAUGCUUUGUGUAGCUAAAGAGUGGAAGUGUGACCAACACAUAACAUGUGUAGAGAUAGCCACAAUAAAACACUAGUCUAGAGAGAGGGAUUGCCCAGUCAGUCGAUACACUUUCCUUGAGAAUUUUUGACAGACUUUUUGUAAGGAACUGGAGAUCAGAGGAAAGUCCAGCAGGACUCGAUGUGUGCCCAUAAAACAUUCACUCUCUGAAUAUCAUGCAGCACUUUGCUUUCUGAACCAAAUAGGCUUCAGUACAACGUAUGGAGGUUGAGAAAUUUGCUCCUCUGUCAGGUGAAGACUAGCGCAGGAUCCCAUUGGAUCUGAGUGGAAAGUCAGUGAGCCGUUAUAGAAUAAACAGAUUUUGUUAAGACGUUUAUUCACAGGGUUGGGAAGUACAAAGUGUAGUGGGUGUUCCUGAAAAUGACCUUAUCCUUAAAAUUAAGAAGCCAGGUUUAGUAAACUAAUAUUAAUGGAAACGUAGAUCAGUGAUAGCGCAAGGGAGAGUUAUUCUGUGAACACGAAAGCUGAGCAUUUAAUAUUAUUCUGUCUCUGCAGCCCCCUGUAUUGGCAACACCUUCUUCUGCCAUAGCAACAUGUGUAUCAAUAAUUCCUUGGUCUGUAACGGGAUCCAGAAUUGCGCAUACCCCUGGGAUGAGAAUCACUGUAAAGGUGAGAGGCGUUCUAAUCUAGCCGUAACGUAUGAUUCAGCCAGAUACAGACGGGAAUUCUCCCAGGGACCAAACCUGGCAGAAGGUGCUGUAUAAAUGUGUUACUUAUCAGAGAACAUAGCAAUUCUGGAGCAAGGUCUCAGAAAGUGGAACAAUCGUCAUGGAAACCAAUGGACUCAGGAGAAACCUUCCACUGGUUUCCAUGGUUAUUUAUUAUAUAUUAUCUAUAUCAAAUGGAUGUAGAGCAUUAACAUUAAUUAUAAGGGAAACAUUUUAACUUUGACAACAAUUCUGGUUUUUUGGGAGGGCGGGGGGGUUUCCCCACACACAUAUAUAAAUAUUGUUUAGCUAUGUAUUAAAGUAUGGUCUUUAAGUUAGUUUAUUGUGGGGAGAUCUUAAAUGUCAGUUAUAUUAAAGCUAUAGUAAAAGUCUAAAAUUUGGAUAUUCCCAGUACCACCAGUGCCAGAUCAAUAUCAGUUGUAUUGGCAAAUGCAUUGGUCUACGUUUGUCUGGGAUAUUGACCCACCCUGAAACCCUGUGCACUCCUACAGGGCUGUCAAAUGAUGUAACAAAGUGUUAUCUCUUACAGAAAAGAAAGAAGCCGGAUUAUUUGAGCAGAUCACCAAGACCCAUGGGACUAUCAUUGGCAUUACGUCUGGUGUUGUGUUAGUUCUACUCAUAAUUUCUAUCCUGGUCCAAGUGAAGCAGCCUCGGAAAAAAAUUAUGGCUCGCAAGACUACCUUCAACAAAACUGGAUUUCAAGAAGCUUUUGAUCCUCCCCACUAUGAGCUCUUUUCACUAAGAGACAAGGAGAUCUCUGCGGACCUGGCAGACCUAUCAGAGGAACUGGAGAACUACCAAAAAAACAGGCGUUCAUCGACCACUUCAAGGUGUAUUCAUGACCAUCACUGUGGGUCGCAAACAGCAACUCUAAAACACAGCAGGACCAAUCUCAGCUCAAUGGAUCUUCCUUUCCGCAACGAUUUUGCACAACCUCAGCCAAUGAAAACGUUCAAUAGCACCUUCAAAAAAAGCACGUAUACUUUCAAACAACAGGCCCUCGACUGCCCAGAUCAAGGCAUCGAAGACAGAGUUAUGGAGGAGAUUCCUUGUGAAAUUUACGUUCGUGGCAGAGAAGACUGCGCUCAGGGUUCUGUUUCCAUCGACUUCUAA